UUGGAGCCUUAUCUUGCUUCCUCUUGGAAGGUGAAUCCCUUUGAGUUUAACCUGCGGAUCCAUGGUAGGGGGCUUGUGUCCAUGCAACUGUGCAAAGUCGCAACAAGUUUGCCCAUACAUUCUUUAAAAGUGUGCUGCAUGGCUGAUAUGAGCAUCAGAUCAAGACAUGUGGAACUCGCAUUUUCCAGAUUGACUUGUCAGAGGUUUUGCGGCAAAUUCUUGUGGGUGCCAGAAUGCACUGAUGAGCUUUGGAUUGGUGAUGACGUUUCUUGUUGCUCCUCUAUGUUCAUGCCAGACGUCACCUCGACAUAGUCGGUCUUGCUGGCCAACAUUGCAAGUGUUCGGCCUUUGCCAAAUGCAUUGCGCUUAAUCCUCGCACUCCGAAAAGAACGUGUCAGAAGAAUUCUGUGUUGUCUCACCCCCGCAUCAUGUGGGAAGGAGGCUCUUUCUGGAAGGGAAGCUAUGCAGAGACUUUCUGGCCUGCUUUGUCCAGGGCAUUGGAUUACCUGACAGGCGAGGAAUGGCAAAUGUGUCAGGCCCGUGAAGGACCUAUGCGACCUGAGAAGUUUGCAAUCCUGCACACGCCCGUCCUUUGCAGGAAAGGUCGCCCCCCGGAACGGUGCCCAACGGAUUUCAAGAAUUCGGGUCACUUUUUGGACGACAUUGCUUGUUUUUGUCCUCGAACCAGAUGCAUUCUCAAGAGUGCAGAAUUGCGAUCGGCAUUCGUGCCACACGGCAUUGCAGCACGGAUGUGCCGUCAGGAUGCCAAGUUGGUACUCCAGAUGCGGGUCAGAAGGCAAAUUCUGUUGCAGGUGUUGUUGACACGCACUUCAUUUAGGCAUUCGUUCCCUCGUUGCGAAUGUUUGCCAAACGGUGCGAUGUUUUUAACACUGAACCUCUCACAAAGUAACAGGCUCAUGGUUUGUGCAAGAGGUGCAGAGUAUGAUGCACUUGACUUGCUUGUGGACCAUGCAUGUGCAAGCUCGGUGAGAGCAAGCCCACUAAUUGCACCUCACCAGCAGGUAUUUGGGGAGGCAUGUCCGAGCACAAAUCUGCGACUAGAACAGUGGGGGCAUUCCAAAGCAACUGCUUUCCGCAUUUCAAGAUUGAGGGGUUCCAACUUGGUUCCAACUUCCAACCAAUGUUUGCAUUGCUCAAGACCUGAGAUGACUCCUUUGUCAGUUCAAGGCACGACUUUUAGUUGCAAUUCCCGCACUAUCAGCCCACAACUGUCCAUAGGUGUAGGGGCGAGGAAGAAGGGGGAAUGCUUCUCUUGAAGGGCUGAGCCCUGUUGCUGUGGCCUGCUGAUAGAUAUAGCAAUUGCCUCCCACGGAUUCGGGAGAGUUUCCCAGAAGGUUCCUUCAGGAGCAUUCAAAAAUCAAAAGGUCAUGCCGACAAACCAAGAUUCAAAACCAGUUGCAUUUCCUGUUUGACAGGCCAGAAAGCAUAAGAUGAUGGCGACACCUUUUUCACCUAUUCCAAGACAGUUGAUAGAAAACAGCCGAUGCAGUCGUUGUCUUGAAUUCUCGAACAGCGUGCGCAAGCACGGCUUGUGAGCAGCUCAAAGCUAUCUGUCCAGAGGUCCAGCAUCAAUAAGAAGGUUGUCCCAACCAAGAUGAGAUUGAUCAAACACAGUCAAUUUCAGCUACAACGAGGGAGGCGGUUUGCCUCGCUGAAGAGGUUUGCGCAGAGAGGCACAGUAAACAUCUCAUGCUUGCAGCAAUGACAGGUUUCAACAUCUGACUCCGAAAGCCUCUUUUUGCAAGCCUGAAACCUAUGGAAAUGGAGCGACCAAAGCACUUACAAGAUCUACUCCCAAGAUCUUCCGAGCCCGCACAGCUCAUUCUUGCCGGGAAGUGAGGCCUGCAUUGUGACAGAUGCCUUGCCGGACAUUGCUCUUAUGGUUUGCAGCACCACUGCACAGAACUGCUUCUCUCUAGCUGCCAAAGUGAUGGACCACCUAAAGUGUACGAUAGCUUCAGAAAGCAAAUCUCCAAGUGCCCAUUGAGAGCAGCUCAGCUUGAUCAUUUUGUUUGGGGAAGACAGAAUCUUGCCGUGUGUGUUUGCAUGAAGCAAAGAAGACAAUUGCUGCAGUGAGAGCCCUUUGAAUACUGAAUUAGGCAAUGAUCAUGCAAACAGCAUUACAGGCAGAAAUUUCAAUGCACCGAGUGCACUGGACGUGCUUUGCAAGCUACGAAGGGUAGGCUCAGAUGCCAUGAGGACAAGCCUAAGCUCUGAAGCAUGCUAAGGCAAAGUCCGAGUCAAGUGCUAACAGAUGUUGCGAUGUGUCAAGGAGUGUGUAGCUCAAAAAACUCAACUUCCAGCGCGGUUUGCAAGGUUUGGCAGCCACUUUCGUUUGGCGACCUGCUCCAGAAGAAGCAAAGGACCAAAUGACACAGCGCAUCCUCGCGCAGAACGCACAGAGUCCUAGAGUCUGAAGGAUGACCAAGUGCUUCAGUUGGCAGUUCACCGCGCGAAAGCUCACUUCAGCAUAAUCAUAAGGUCAAGACAGGUAAAGAGGAACCAAUUCAUCUCAGCUGUCCAAACCCUUAAGACCUGAAGCAGCUGCAAGAUGACAGAGAUGCAUUGUCAACGGUACAAGACAUGGCCUUGUUGGAACGUCCAGAGCAACGACUCAACUGGGCUUUCUCUGCACCUAGACAUAGUCCAAAACGGCAGAAACCCUUGGGAAACUGUGAAACUCGAUGAUUUCAAGCUUAACAAAAGGACAGCAGUUUCUGCUUGGAAAAAAGGUGGGUGUGUCCUAUAUGGAAGUGAAUAAGACAUGAAACACAAGAGAAAUGCAACACCGAGGUGCAGUUGAUGCAUAUGUUGCAUAUGCCAAUUCCUAGUUGCAAAUCCUGGUGUUCACACACCUUCCAAGAGUGUAGUAAAGUAGACACUUCGUAGUUGUCGCAGCUCAUGCACCUUCCGGAUUUGUAUUCCAUCCGUUGAUACUGUCAGAACACACCACACUGCGCCAGAUUUAAACAAAUGGUCCCUGUGUCGCUCCAUUUCCAGCAAGUCCCGGAUAGGUCAAGCUGCAACUAGGACCACCUUAAUCCAUGAGAUCAAAGUCUGUCCCACUAGCUAAAGACUGAAACACCAAGCACUUUUUCAAACGUUAUAGGAUUUGGACGGGGAAAUCACCCGUGCUGCACAGUAAAGGACCUGUGCAAACAGAAGUGCCAGUUGCCAGAUGAUGCAGACCUUCAUGCAAACUGCAAUUCCCAGAGACCUCGCGGUGAUGUCACCAAUCCAUCAAGCUGUGUAAUUCUCAUCCCGAUGUCGCCAUGGUACCAUUGUGGAACGAAUGCGCACCAUUCAGGAUUCAACAUAUGUUUCAGCCAUCUCAAACAACAUACGUUGAACAUUUCGAGAAGAAUUACUUUAUUCGCUGCUGCACUUGGUUUUGAAAGUAUCAAGGCAGUGAAUUGAUUAUUUUACCCCAACCACAGAAGCAGCAUGCAUUUCACAAGCUUCAUUGGAAGCCGUGAUUAAAAACUCUGAUGCAGUGACUGCAUUCCAGAUGCCAAAGUUGCAUCCAAUUCCACAUCGCAAAGCCGUCUCGUUUCAAAUAAAGGGAGAUAAACACAUGCUCGUUACAAAAACUCUCUUGGUGAGUUCGGUCGCCUUUUGUGGGUGCGCUGAUACUCCCCAUGUACUCUCUUGCUUUCCCAAUUCUUGCUCAAAUAAAUUAGUUUGCGGAUACGUCUGCUCUUCAAGAUAUUUUGUGGGCGUCGUACUUCCGCGGGCUUGCGCUCGUCAUUCAUCCUCUCGCUUCAAGUGUUUCAAGAUUGCGUGAACGACGGGAGGCAAGCUGAUAAACAGCGAUCAGGUUCCAUUCUACAAUCUUGAAAAGUUCAUUUGCUUGCAACUGUGUUCGAGAGCAAUGACAUCGUCAAAGUCGAGGAUACAGAAAUCUCAGGCGCCCACGGCUUCCAUUCACACUGCACCUCUUCGGCUUUCACCUUUGAGGGGGGGAUGAACGUUCAAUUUGCGACAUUGCCCAAGGACCAAAGAUGUAGUCUGAGCUAUUGAACUGCGCUUGAUGAGACUGAACAUGAAUCCUUGAAAGCAGCGUCAGUCAAAAACCUGCGAAUUCGAUAGUGGCGUCCAUCUGCACUGCGAAA